UCCCACAGGGAAACAGGGGCCUUGAGGGCUUCAGAGCUUUGAGGGGAUGGUCUCAUCGACUGCCCUGGGAAACCUGAUUGGCAUCUGAGGUGUUGUCAGGCUGAUGACACAGUUUGUGUGGAUGAAUGUCCCCUGUGGGUGUGUGAUGAGGUGACCUGCUCGAGGAGGCUUUAGGAGGGAGAGAGUUGAGGUAUCAGAGGGAAAGGUCAUCCAGGCUGUGAUAGGGAGGUGAUUGUAGUCUCCAGAGUUAGGGAAGGCCUGAGACACAUUGUCACCUGGAAAGGUUUUUGAUUUUUUUUUAAUGGAACAAAAGAUUAAACAUAAUAUUCACAUAAUGUGGACUCCUACAUAGUAAAUUCAUGGAAUCUUACAUAGUGUACAAAAUCAUUCUCACGACAAAACAAUCUUAAUGACAUCAUGUGAUAGUAUAAUAAACUCAAGGACUCACAGCAUUCCUUAUGUGUUUUACCCUGACCCCAGGGGUCAGUGACAUUUAGGGAUGUGGCUGUUGACUUCUCUCAGGAGGAGUGGGCCUUCCUGGAUGCUACUCAGAAGGUCUUAUACAGGGACAUGAUGUUGGAGACCUACAGCAACCUGGUCGCAGUGGUGGGAAGUUGCAUUUCCAAGCCAGAUCUGAUUGUCUUAUUAGAGCAGGAGAAAGAGCCCUGGAUGGCUGUGAAGGAAGAAACAGACUGGCCGAGCCCAGAUUUGGAGGCAGAUUAUGAUGCUGAAAAUGUAUUUCCAGAAAAUCAUAGUUAUAAUAGAAAUUCACCCAAACAGGACAUAAGACAAUCAAGUAAAACUUUUGACUUUAGGGGCUCCAGGUUUAGUGAUGGCCCUAAAUGUAGUACAUUCCAAGGACUGCAGGGUUGUCAGGAAGGAGAUGCUGGCCAGCAGGUUACUAAGAAGGAAGGAGUGCCUCCUUACACCUGCCAGACUCUUGCUCACAGCUUACAAAAACCAUAUGAAUGUAAACAGUGUGGGAAGUGCUUCAAUUGUAGUUCAACUCUUAGUCAGCAUCAGAGUGUUCAUGCUGGAGAGAAGCCCUAUGAAUGUAAGGAAUAUGGGAAGGUCUUCAGACUCCCCCAACAGCUCACAAGGCAUCAGAAAUCUCACAGUAGUGAGAAACCUUUUGAGUGUAAUGAAUGUGGAAAGGCUUUUCAUCUUCCUCACCUGCUUCAGAACCAUAAAACCACUCAUACAGGUACAAAAGCAUUUGAAUGUGAGGAGUGUGGGAAGAUCUUCAACCGUGUCUCCAACCUUGUUGCACACAGGAUUAUUCAUGCUGACGUAAAACCAUAUAAAUGUAAUGAGUGUGGGAAAGCCUUUAAACGUCGCUCAUACUAUAUGCAACAUCAGAAAAUUCAUUCUGGUGAGAGACCCUUUCAGUGUAAGGAGUGUGGGAAGGCCUUCAUUUUUCUGGCUCACCUCAAUGGACACCAGAUGAUUCAUACUGGAGAGAAGUCAUUUGCAUGUAAGGAAUGUGGAAAGGCCUUCAGACUCCUCCAACAGCUUACAAGACACCAAAAAUUUCACAGUGGUGAUCGACCUUUCAAAUGUAAUGAAUGUGGAAAGGCUUUUCCUUUUCCUGACCGGCUUAAGCUUCACAAAACCAUUCAUACAAAUACAAAACCAUUUGAAUGCAGGGAAUGUGGGAAGUCUUUCAAGUGUGUCUCCCACCUUGCUCAACAUAGGAUUAUUCAUGCUGAUGUGAAACCAUAUGAGUGUAGUGAGUGUGGGAAAGCCUUUAAUCGUCGCUCAAACCUCAUACAACAUCAGAAAAUUCAUUCUGGUGAGAAACCCUUUGAGUGUAAGGACUGUGGGAAGGCCUUCACUGUUCUGCCACAGCUCACGCGACACCAGAGGAUUCACACUGGAGAGAAGCCAUUUGAAUGUAAGGAAUGUGGGAAGAAAUUCUAUACUGGCCCACACCUUGCUCAGCACCAGCGGGUUCAUACUGGUGAGAAACCCUUUGAAUGUAAUGUAUGUGGGAAAGCUUUUAGGCUUCGGGCAUGCCUUUCUGAGCAUCAGAAAACUCACAUUGAAGAGAAACCUUUCAAGUGUAAGCUGUGUGGGUCAGCCUUCAGAAGUAGGUACCAGCUUAGUUUACAUCGACAGACUCAUCCUCACGUGAGACCCUUUCAGUGUCAGGAGUGUGGCAAGGCCUACAUUCUGCUGGCACAGCUCAUUCAGCACCAGACCGUUCAUACUGGUGAGAGGUCAUUUGAAUGUAAGGAAUGUGGCAAGAAGUUCCAUACUGGCUCACACCUUGUUCAGCACCAGCAUUUUCAUACUGGUGAGAAACCCUUUGAGUGUCAUGUAUGUGGGAAGGCUUUUAGAUUUCAGGUAUACCUUUCUGAGCAUCAGAAAACUCACAUUGAAGAGAAGCCUUUCAAGUGUAAGGUGUGUGGAUCAGUCUUCAGACAUAGGUACCAGCUUAGUGAACAUCGGCUUGCUCAUAUUGAUGUGAGACCCUAGGAGUGCAGGGAAGGUCACACUGGGAAGAAACUCUUCAAGUAGAAAGAAUGUGCCAAGUUCUUAGACUUAAUGUGCUUCCCAUGUGUCAUCGGAAAUCUCACAAUCAAGAGAGGCCUUUUUUUUUUUUUUUUUUUGGUGGUGGGGGGGUGGGUUUUGAGACAGGGUUUCUCUGUGUAGCCCUGGCUGUCCUGGAACUCACUCUGUAGACCAGGCUGGCUUCGAACUCAGAAAUCCGCCUGCCUCUGUGAAUAUAAAGAAUAAGGAAAAGCCUUUCAUCUUUCCAGCCAGCUUAAUAACCAUAAAAUUGUUACUACUAUUAAACUAUUAAAAGACCCUCGUGGGACUCCCUCCCCUUGUCAUAGGCCAGAAUGGUCCAUGAAGGCAGUAGGAGCUGGCGAGUCGAAAGCUUUGUGAGUACAUCCGGGGAGUGACCACGUGGGGACCAGCUAUUAGGAAGCAGAUCAGUUUUACCUAGGGUGACUCAAGGCUUAGGAAGUUUGGGGGACUGAAGGUGGUGAUAUUCAGGAUGGAAGGUCAUUGGCUGAGGGCUUGGGGAACUUGAAAUGCUCAUUAGCCUAGAAAGCAUUUCGGGAAUCUCAGAUUUUAGCUGAGCAGGUUUUAUCAGGAGAAAAGAAAUUGAUCCUGUAAUAUAAUUGAGGCUACAUGACAUUCCUUAGGUCGAGGUUUACAUGGAGGGAUUGAAUUCCCCAGGCAGUCAGAGGAGCAUCUCUUCUAAGAAAGGGUGUCUCAUAGUGUGCCAAGCCCAGAGGCUAUCCAGCCAGCCAUGGUGGACUUCAACUUUAAUUAGCAGAGUUUUUUCCAUAGCCCUUUAAAUGCAAGGUAUGUGGGAAGUCCUUCAAGCUUGCUUCCAGCCUUGUUCAACAUAGGGCUGGCUGUUCAUGCUGGUGUGAGACCAUAUGAAUAUAACGAGUAUGGCAAAGCUUUUAUUCAUUGCUUAAACUUUUUGCAGCACCGCAAAAACUUAUUCUGGUGACAGAUCCUUUCAGUGUAAGGAAUGUGGAAAGGACAUUGUUCAUGGAACAGCCCUUAGAAUUCAUCAGAGAAUCCAAGGUGGAGAAAAGCCCUUUUGAUGUAAGGCAUGUGGGGAAUCUUUCCACUCUCAUUAUCAAUUUCUUGGAUAGUUUAGAAUUCAUACUGGCAAGAAUCCUUAUGAAUGUAAGGAAUUGGGAAGUACAUGUGAUAGAGAUCUUAAAGUAUAUCAGAGAAUUCACAUUGUUGAAGAAUCUUAACUGAUGUGGGAAGACCUUAAAUUGAAUAGAAAACUUGGUUUGACAUUCUGAAUUUAAUAUUAGUAAUAAAUCUUAAGAUGUAAGGAAUGAAAAAAAAAAGAUGUAAGGAAUGUGGAAAGGCCUUCAGUAAUUCCAAACUAACUGUCUAUCAGAGAAUCCUACUGGAGAGAAAUUCUAUGACUUUAACAAGUAAGGUGACAAGAUGUUUAGAUUUAGUUCAGCUUUCAUGCACAGUGGCAAAUUCAUACAGGGGGGACACCCUAUCACUGGAAAGAAUGUGGAAAGACCUUCAAUUGCAGCGCAGGCCUUCAUCAUAAAAGAACCUAUGCUUGUGUCAAACACUAUGAAAGCAAGGAAUGUGGGAACAUUUGUAGAAUAAGCUGUUAAAGCUCAUCAGAGUCUGUGUAGGUCUGAAACCCAGUGAUUGGGAAGACUCAGGAAAAGCCUUUCUUGAAAAUGGUAAGCUUAUACAAAAUCAGAAAAUUCAUAAUUGUCAGGAGUCUUCUGCAUGUAAAAAAAGGUGGACAAGCCAUUGCAUGAAAAUCCUGUUACUUAAAAGAAUGUGGAAACUUUAAGCUGCCACUGGAUCUGGUUAGCAUCACAGUAUUCAGAUCCUCUUGAUGACAGGAAACCCUUUAGAGAAUGUAAGGGGCUAGAGAGAUGGCUCAGUGGUUAAGAGCACUGACUGCUCUUUCAGAAGUCCUAAUGUUCAAUUCCCAGUAACCACAUGGUGGCUCACAAGCAUCUGUAAUGGGAUCCGAUGCCCUCUUCUGAUGUGUCUGAUGACAGCGACAAGUGUACUCACAUACAUACAAUAAAAUAGAGUGAGAAUGAAGUAAGCUGGUUGUUCAGAGAAGAUACUCUAUUGAUAAUGUCUCUUAAUGUCAGAGAUACAGGGGAGUGAUCAUGUCCUUGAUUUACUCUCCUGUUAGUUGUAUAAACUUAAUUCAUCAGUAGUCACCCAGGACAGUUAACUUUUUUUUUUUAAAGAUUUAUUUAUUUUUAUUAUAUAUAAGUACACUGUAGCUGUCUUCAAACACUCCAGAAGAGGGGGUCAGAUCUCAUUACGGAUGGUUGUGAGCCACCAUGUGGUUGCUGGGAUUUGAACUUCGGACGUUCAGAAGAGCAGUCAGGUGCUCUUACCCACUGAGCCAUCUCACCAGCCCCAGGACAGUUAACUUAAGGAGAGCAGUUACUGGAACUAGGUUUAUCUGAGAUGUCUUUGUUGUCACCAUUAACAUCACAUGGCUCUUGUAAUAGACUGAAUGUUUACUUAGUUUUUGCAUAAUUUGUUAGUGGGCAACACAGGACCAGCCAAAGUUGUGUCAAGAGGAUUAUAAUAGAUAUCAAAAUCCUUGAGGGUAUUUGUUCAAUGCCGAUGUUCUAUAAAAUAGAUUUUUAAAUUUUUCUCGCUUUUAUCAGCAUUAGUAUAACUGACAUGAAAGGCUAAUUGGACUUUAUGUAGUUUAGGAAAGCCUCAUGCAUUCAGCCACUAUUAAAUUUUAAAUAACUCCAUUCUGGAUACAUCUAAUGGAUGAAAAGGAACAUGAAAGGAUUUGAAUUGUGAGUCCAUUCCUUGAGUAUUUAUGUGGAGAUUUAAAAAAAAAAAAAAACCCGGUUAUUGAUGAGAAAGUACUUUCUAACUGAAAUUUAUUAAAAUUUCAAAAGGUAAAAUCCUAUAUUUAUGUCCUCUGCCUACAUAUGAAGAUGAACUAUACAUUUGUAGCAGGAGAAGAAAGUCCACAGGAUCCUUCAUCUUUUAUUCUUGCUGAGGCCAUUUCAGGUUUGACUAGAAUUUGAUUUUCUUGAUAGAGAAUUUUGUGGAAAAUUGCACAACUCUAUUCUAGAAACUGGAGAUCAACUUGGCUAUGAUAAUUCAUCCUGGCUUUAGUUAAAUGACCUGUGUAUUUAAACCUCCCCCUCUGGUUAUCUGCUUAUCUUGGCUUCUGUUAAACUGCCUGUUCAGAUAAAAGCUGAAUAAGUAUUAAAUACUUCAAUGUACUCAGAGCUGGCUGGAAUAAAGACCAGCAAUUGGUUAUACACUGUG